UAGGAGAAUCAAGAUGUCUGGAAAACUGUUGAUAGUUAUUCUUCUGGUGCAUGCAUUUGUGAGAUGUUGGGGCGCAUCAAAGCAAUCACAAUUCAUGAAAGUGUCUGGUGCGAUAAAAAUGCCGUAUGUGGAAAUGGCAAGCAGAUCUGCCACCGGAUUGAUUGAAUGCGCUGCACUUUGCAACGAUGCCUUUUGGUUCCUGAAGUAUUCGGGCAACGGAUCGGGCUCAGGCACGUGUGACCUGUACACCCUAAAAGACGCAGUCUACUCCCAGCUGAGAUUCGUAAAUAGUUCAAAUCUGUACAAAAAGGUCUAUCCCCCCGAAAAUGCGUUUGUUGGAAUUUCGGAAGGCAAAACAUGGGAAGGGGCCAGGGACUUCUGUCAGAGUCUUGGAGGCAACUUAGCCAUCGCCGACAGCACCGCAAAGGUGGAAAGAAUGAACAACAUUAGUUCCGAUGUCAGCUUCUGGGUAGGAGGCCAAAAAAACGGGACGACCUGGAAAUGGCUAUCCGGAGCGGUCGUGGCGCCGACUCCUUUAGAAAAUGAUAAAGCCUCGUGUCUACAAGUGCACUACAGCCAGUUCCACGAUUGGCACUGUACUGGGAAAAUGAAGUCAGUGUGUGAAUUUUAGCUUAAAAAACGAGUUUUAAAGUAUUUCGUUUCAAACUUUUCCUGUGUAGCAAACUAUUGGACAAAAGAGCACACAAUGGUAACUGAGACAUCCAUGAAAACAUUCCGUUCAAUGAGUUUUGUUAAAUAUUCAUGCGUACAUUUUACCAUGCUUCUUUAAACAUGAGUAUUCAGACAGAACACUUGAAUACAA